AGGAACACCGUAGCAACAAGAGCUCGCGAGAAGCACCGUGAACGCAGCAACAGAGACAACCAAAAUAAAGUGAGCACAACAAACACGGAGCGCAUGAUGGCGGCGUCGCAGCUGCGCCGGGACAAGAAAUCCACCGCCGCCCAUCUGAAGGCAGACCUUAAGCGGACUGACAACAGUUCGGCGCUGCGGCAGCUGCAGGAGCUGCUGGAUAGCGUGCUGAACCCGGAGCGCGGCUCUGACCCGGAGUCGCUGGAGUGGUGUAAAUGGCUGCUGGCUGGAGGGGACGGCUUCGAAGACUUCUGCCGCACCGUCCGGUCCUACGACAACGCCACUCUCUGCGGGCUGGUGUGGACGGCCAACUUCGUGGCCUACCGAUGCCGGACGUGCGGCAUCUCGCCGUGUAUGUCGCUGUGCGCCGAGUGCUUCAACAACGGUGAUCACACGGGCCACGAUUUCAACAUGUUCCGGAGUCAGGCCGGCGGGGCCUGCGAUUGUGGGGACGGGAACGUCAUGAGAGAGAGCGGGUUUUGUAGAAGGCAUCGGUUAAAAACAGGUGAGAAUGUGCCAUCGGUCCCUCGUGAUCUGCUGCUCAUGUCUGAGAUGGUUUUGCCGCGGUUUAUCAUCACUAUCAUCCAGUACCUGAGAGAUGGCUACACAGAACCAGAGUCUGCGGCUGACAGAGAUCUACAGAAGGUUCUGCAGCAGCUAGAGUCGCACAUAUCGCUCUUAGAAGAGCUCACCAAGAUGGGCGGGGCCAUGCGCACUGUUCUUACCAAGAUCUUAACCAAUCAGCAGACCUUUAAAGAACUGAGCAUGGGUCAAGAGGAAAAUGUUUAUGCAAAGAGGAGCUAUGAGAAGUAUUUGUCUGCGUUGAAGAGUUCAGGACUGGUGUCGGUGGAGGAGAAGGGGGCAGGAGGAGCGGGCGCUGGCGCAGCAGACACUGCAGCAGGGGCAGGAGCUCUCAGUCUACUGGGAGCGACUGCAGCCGCCAGUCUGGAGGAUUCUAUUAAAGAGGAGGAUCAGGAUGGACUGCAGGGUGUGGGCCAGAGGAAAAGAGUCAAGCUCAGUAGCACUACCAAAGAUCCAUCUAUUAUGGACACCUUGAAGCAUAAAUGUUUUUUGGAAGAGUUAUUGUUUUGGACCAUUAAGUAUGAAUUUCCUCAAAAGAUGGUCACUUUUUUACUCAACAUGUUGCCAGAUCAGGACUACAAGAUCACGUUCACUAAAACCUUUGUUCAGCACUACGCCUUUAUCAUGAAGACCCUUAUGAAGAGUCAUGAGUCAGACACCAUGUCCAACCGCAUCGUCCACAUCAGCGUGCAGCUCUUCAGCAACGAGGAGCUGGCGAGGCACGUCACCGAGGAGUGCCAGCUGCUGGACAUCAUGGUCACUGUGCUGCUUUACAUGAUGGAGAGCUGCCUUAUCAAGAGUGAACUGCAAGAUGAGGAGAACAAUCGUCAUGUGGUGGUGAACUGUGGUGAAGCCCUACUAAAGAAUAACACCUACUGGCCUUUAGUUAGCGAUUUUAUUAAUAUCCUCUCACACCAAAGUGUGGCCAAGCGCUUCCUGGAGGAUCACUCUCUGCUGUUGCUCUGGAUGAGCUUCGUCUCCUUCUUUCAAGGGAUGAAUCUGAAUAAGCGAGAGCUGAAUGAGCACGUGGAGUUCGAGUCUCAGACGUAUUACGCAGCAUUUGCCGCUGAGCUGGAGGCGUGUGCUCAGCCCAUGUGGGGUCUCCUCACACACUGCAAAGUCAAAGAUACACAGGAGUACACAAAGACUCUGGUGCGGUACUGUCUGGAAACUCUACAAAUGUGGUUUGAUGCCAUUGGAUUUGUGGAUGAGCCUGCACCCAACCAGCUGACUUUUCAUUUACCUCUGCACCGAUACUAUGCCAUGUUCCUCAGCAAGGGAGUGAAGUGUCAAGGUCUGGAUUUGGACAGUCUGCUGCCUGAUCAGGAAAUGCUGAUGAAGAUCAUGGUUCAUCCACUGCAGAUACAGGCCAGUCUGUCUGAGAUCCAUAGUAACAUGUGGGUGAGAAAUGGACUGCAAAUUAAAGGUCAGGCGAUGACGUAUGUACAGUCUCACUUCUGUAACUCGAUGAUUGACCCGGACAUCUACCUACUACAGGUGUGUGCAUCUCGACUGGAUCCAGAUUAUUUUAUUUCCUCCGUGUUUGAGAGGUUUAAGGUGGUGGAUUUGUUGACGAUGGCAUCGCAGCAUCAGAAUGCAGUGCUGGACUCGGAGCAGGAGAGACCCAUGCUCGAGGGAGCACUCACCUUCCUUGUCAUACUGUGCAGUCUCAGAAUACACUUGGGAAUGUCAGAUGAUGAGAUUUUGAGAGCAGAGAUGGUGUCACAGUUGUGUAUGAAUGAUCGUACCCAUAGUUCCCUGCUGGAUCUAAUCCCGGAGAAUCCGAACCCCAAGAGCGGUGUGGUUCCGGGCAGCUGUAGUUUUGAGGAGAUGUUGUCUGCUGUAGCUGAUUUUAAAGCCCCAGUCUUUGAGCCUGGAGGAUCUAUGCAACAGGGCAUGUACACACCUAAAGCUGAAGUCUGGGAGAAAGAGUUUGACCCUAUAAUGGUGAUUUUACGCACAGUGUACCGCAGAGACGUGCAGUCGGCUAUGGAUCGAUACGGAGCAUUUCUGAAGCAGUCAGGUGUUCAUACGGGGAACCCUUGGCCCCCCUAUAAGGAGAGGACCCCUUUGCAUCCAUGCUAUAGAGGACUGGCGCGCCUGCUGCACUGCAAAACUCUGCACAUCGUCAUCUUUACACUGCUUUAUAAGAUCUGGAUGGAUCAUCAGAACAUGUCAGAACAUGUGUUGUGUAUGGUGCUGUACCUCAUAGAACUCGGAAUGGAUAACCAGGUCCAGGAGGACAAAUUAGAGGAGGAGCCCUGUAUUGAGGAGCACUGUCAUGACAGCUGGUUCCCCGGCACCAGUCUGCUGUCUAACCUCCAUCAUGUUAUCAACUUUGUGCGGGUGCGAGUUCCAGAGACGGCCCCGGAGGUGGAGAGAAAGAGGGAGAGGGAGAGAGACAGAGAAACUCCAGCCAGCACCAGUGCAGAUAGCAGCAGCUUCGGACAGAGUUCCAGGAGGCUAACUGGGAAUUGGAGAGAGAAUCUGCGUGAAGCUCAGGUGUUCAGUCUGGUGGCAGAGCGCAGGAGGAAAUUCCAGGAGAUCAUAAACCGCAGUAACCAUGAGGCCAGCCAAGCAGUGCGGCCCAAAUCCUCAUCCUCUCGCUGUCUGCCACCGGGCUCACCGCCACAGCUGGUCACUGAAAUCCUUGAGAUCCGUGAGAGCAUGCUGUCUCUCCUGGUGAAGCUCCACCAGAAAUUGUCUGCCAAGCAGAACUCUCUGUCCCUGAGCUGGCUGGCCGAGGUGGAUCCGGGCCGGCACGAGCAUGGAGACGGCAUUACCGCCAUCGAAAGAAUCCUGGCCAAAGCCGCGUCCCGCAGCCGACACAGCAAGAGAUGUCUGCAGGAGAUCUGUGGGAAGGUGUGUCCACCCAUACCACCCAAGAUGACCAGUCCUGGAGACAAGAGCAUGAACAAGGAGGAGAGGCGUCAGCGGGCGAGAGAGAGACAGCAGAAGCUACUGGCGGAGUUUGCCUCCAGGCAGAAGAGCUUCAUGGAGACGGCCAUGGAUGUUGAGUCACCUGAAGCAGAUGCAGUGAUGGAUGUGGGCUCGGCUGAACCUCUGGACUCUGAGAUUCUGUAUGACUGUGUGAUUUGUGGCCAGAGUGGUCCAUCCACUGAAGACAGACCCACAGGACUGGUGGUACUACUGCAAGCUUCAUCAGUGUUGGGGCACCGUUGCCGUAGCGACACGCCGAAGCGAUUGCCCACUACGGAUGAAGAACAUAUCUACCCUGAGGACACGUGUGGAGCGACCCAUGAUGUUAGACUGACCCUUAUGCAACGCUACUUUAAAGAUAGUUCCUGUCUGCAGUCAGUGUCUAUUGGCUGGGAUGGGGGUGUAUAUGUGCAGACUUGUGGUCACACUCUGCAUAUAGACUGUCACAAGUCUUACAUGGAGUCCUUACGGAAUGAUCAGGUUCUGCAGGGGUUUUCUGUGGAUAAGGGUGAGUUCACCUGCCCGCUGUGUCGUCAGUUCGCCAACAGUGUUUUGCCCUGUCGGCCGGGGCGUGGCACGGAGACGGGUGCCUGGCACACGGCCAGCAACAAGAGCAUGAGCACACUGGUGAAGGAGGUGGAAGAUCUGCAGGAGCAGCUGGGCAUUUUCCCAGUAAGCAGCAGCAUAAGGCACAGAGAUCUCAUGCUGGCGGAGACAAAUCUGAGUAAAGAAAUGGAAUCCGUUAUAAAGGACAUUAAAAACACCACGCAGAAGAAAUACAUGGAUUAUGGGAAGAACCCAGGGUCGCCUGACAAUGACUUCCUGUUCAUGUACUCUGUGGCCAGGACGAAUCUGGAGUUAGAGUUGGUUCAUCGUGGAGGAAAUCUGUGCAGUGGAGGCGCCAGUGCUGCUGCCAAACGUUCUUGUCUCAAUCAGCUGUUUCAUGUGCUGGCCAUGCACAUGAGACUGUACAGCAUAGAUUCAGCAUACAACCCCUGGACCAGACUCACGCAGAGCACGCACAGCAGAGAGACUGAGUACUGUGAUGAAGAGCAUCCUGAGGUGCCCAUGCUCUUCAGAGACGUUCCGUCCCUCCUCAUCAUCUUCAUCCUCACCAUGCCUCAGCCAUUACGUAAAGAGCACUUCACGUGUGUAGUGAAGGUGUUGUACAGUCUGCAGUACACACAGGCUCUGGCCGCUCUGUCCAUCAGAAUCAGCCGAGAGGAGAGACAAGCUUGGUGCAACAUUGGAGCUGCCAAAAAGAACAUGCCAAACUCAGACAAAUCAUGGGAGUCGUUGCUGGGUCAUGUGAUCUCUGAACUGACGAAGGCCAAAAAUGUUUAUGACACCAGCUCUGAGGAAACGUCUGUGCUGAAUUCCAGUGUGUGGUCUCCUCAGUCUGUUGAGUUCACCCUACAGCAGUUCUGUCUGCCCUUUCUGAGACUGUCCUGUUUGCUGCAACACCACCUGUAUGGGGACAGCUUACCCGGCUGCCCGAUGGAGGAGGAAUUCUCUCUGCUGAUUGGCUGUCUGGGUUUGGUUGGUUCGGUUAAGUCCAGCGUGCCCAUGAGCAGUGCAGCUUAUCUGGAGUGGAACUCCAACGCUUAUGAUCUGAUAGCUCAGUGGUGUUCAGAGGUCAUCGCUCUCUUAGAUACGCCCACCCAGCAGUCUGCGUCUUUGUUAGUUCAGGACCCUCAGUGGACAGCUCCUCGACUCCUGCAGCUCCCAGACAAUUACAACACCAUCUUCCAGUACUACCACAGGAAAUCCUGCUCAAGCUGUGGAAAGACCCCCAAAGACCCUGCGCUGUGUCUGGUGUGUGGAGCGUUUGUCUGUCUCAAGGGUCACUGCUGUAAGCAGCAGGGCGUCUGUGAGUGUGUACUGCACUCCCAACACUGUGGAGCGGCGACAGGAAUUUUCCUCCUGAUAAAUGCUUCGGUCAUUAUUAUCAUCCGAGGCCAUCGCUUCUGUCUGUGGGGGUCUGUGUAUCUGGAUGCUCAUGGAGAGGAGGAUAGAGACUUACGCCGAGGAAAGCCUCUGUAUUUAUGUGAGGAGAGGUACCGUGUUCUGGAGCAGCAGUGGGUCUCACACACCUUUGACCACAUCAACAAGCGCUGGGGUCCCCACUACAAUGGACUUUAACAUUAGUGUCCCAAUCCUAGCCUAGAUAUGGGAGAGGAGACAACAGGAGAUGAUGUCAGUGCAGCCUAUGUUGUGUAAUAUAAAGAAAACAUGCAUUGAGUUGGUUCUGUCACAGCCUGGGUUCAUGUGAAGUUUAGUGUACAAUCAAGCCUAUUGACUAACCGCGUGUGUGUGUGUGUGUGUUUUAAAAGUGAUUUUCUGUGUGGAUUUCAAAGCGGAGAGUUUUGUUUAAUCCCAGCAAGCUUACAGUGAAAGUGCAGACUAUAGUCCUACACUGAGUGAAUCUGUUGAUCCUUAUGGACUCGUGAGUGGAAAAAUGCUCCUGUUCCGUAAUGUUUGGAAAACUGACAGUUAUUGAGAACCGAGAUUUUGAAAAAACUAAUCUGACCAACAUUAAGCAAAUCAUGUACAGAUAUCAGAAUUAAUAUUAAAACCUUGUGCGCUAAAGGUACUAAGACAUGCAGACUCUCAACAUAUCCCCACCACCCCAUGACCAGUGCAAUGUGUAGUGAUGUCAUACUAUAUGAGUUGAAACGCAUCUCAUAAGAUUUAUUCUGUAAGCUCAGAGACCUUUAUAUGCUGAUGUGGGUUCGACACCCUUUAAGGAGAAUUACUAAAGCAGGGUUUGAGACAAAAUGUCAACCGAUUAGAGCUAAAGAAAGAUUUGUCUCUGGUAUAGUUGCAGUCAUCCUCAGGAAUUUUAUUUUAUUAUUUUUGUUUUGUAGUCUCAGAUAAAAGAUUUUAAUAUUUAAAAUGUGCUGCUAUUCAUUGUCUAAAAAAAGUUAAUUAUACCUUUGUAAAAAAUAUUUUUUACAAAUUGCAUUUUUUCUAAUGAAGGCUCUGUGUUGUUGGUGGUUGGCUGGUCUGUUGAGUUCAUUAUAAAAAAUAAAAAAAUCCCCUGCAACCUUGUUCAGUGUUUCUAAGGACAUUCUAUCUCAGAAUCUUUUUUUUUUGGCAUUCCCCUCAUUUAAAGGUUAUCCUUUUCCAAAAGUUAAUCUCACAAAAAAAUGUCCAGCUCAUAUAUCACCCACAAAAUCAAGAGAAAAAAAGGACAAGAAUUUUUUGAUUGAAAGAUUUUUUAUUAUUAUUUAUUUAAUAAUAAUAAUAAAAAAAAAGUAUUAUUAUUUUUGUGAAAAUUCUGCACAUUUCACACCAAAUUUUCUUCUUACAGUAAUGCGUCCAAACCUUUUACUUUUGAGUUUCCCCAUUAUUCUCAUUAUGGGGAAAAUAAUAUUGGAAUGUAAAUUUUUUUUGGCGCAAAAUUUAUUGAAACGAAAUAACCUUUAUCAAUAAAACCGUUUUUUUUUUUUUUUUUUUUUUUUACAGGACACAAAUGUAUUUAUUGCGAAUACAUUUAAUGAAAUGUGGAGACCAUGAUACAAAACCAUUUGAACAAAAAUAAGGUUUCAUUUAAAGUGUUUUCGCUCUCCUCCAUAGGAAACUGAACAUAAAUACUUUCCCAGAACCACAUGAUCCAAUUACUAGUUUUGUGCUGUUUAAACUGACCAUAAUGGAGUUCAUUUGAGUUUUUUUUUUUAGCAUCACAGUAUUGAGAAUAUUUGGGGCAAAAUGUGCUUAAAUAUGAUUAAAUAUCACAUAUGCAAAAAUAAUUUAGUAGUCAUAAAAUAGGUUGCAUUUUUAAAUGCUAAAUAGAAGUUAUUUCUUUUUGAUUUUGGGGUGAAAAAUGAUUUGAGAGUUUUGUGAGAUUCACCCAACUAUUGCCAUCAAAAUAUCUGGCCUAGCACUUUCCCUCAGUCAGCUGUCACUCAAACGAUAUUUCCCUUAUUCUUAUUACAUGACAAUGUCAAGACUAGUUGGCCCAUAGGGGGGGAGUGUUUCAUCAAUUGACUCCUCAUUCACUCUUACGGAUGCUCGCGGCUGUUAAAUGCAAAGACAGAGCAGGUUUUUUCAGACGUGCAUAUUUACAAGUAGCCUAAACUCCUUCAUUAGGAAUUUGCAGAACAAGAAGUCUCUUAUUAAAGCUUGUUGAAAGUCAAUUUGUGUUAAUACAAUAUUUUGAUGCACACAUUUCCCAGAUAUUAAAUUGUAAUUCCUGUCCUAAUCUAACAGGUCCCUUUUAGUUUUCUACAGCUUUGAACCUCUGCCAGAUUGUGUGUUUAGAUGGAUUAUAACCUAGACAAAAAAAAAAAAAAAAAGAAAAAAAAAAAUCUGUUUUCAAAAACAAAAGUUGUUUGGUCCUCCACAUAAAUAGACUUUUAGUGAAGGUUAGAUUACUCGUUUAAUGUAUUACAAAUGUGGUGUUCCCCAAGGCUCUGUCCCCGGACCUUUAUCUAUUGUGCUUUUCAAAGCAUUGGAGUGGGCAUUAUUCAUAUGUUAAUAUUUUAAAAUGCAUUAAAUUGGAUCACAUGGAAAUAUGAAUAUCACAGCCCAGUCCUGGCAUGGGCACGUAUGGUGCACUUUCUUUUUAUUUUACGCAGCUCUUAUAUCAGGGGGUGGUUUAGUGAGUAUGUCCUGUUUUCAUUGUUGCCCACUUCAAAAGUUUUGCAUUGAUAUAAUCACCCCAGUUUAAUUUAUAUUGAUUUCUACAAUGUCUUGAUAGUGAUUUUCUUUUGGUGGUGUCACAUUGAGAGCUCUUGAAAAUGCUUUUUUCUCAUCCUAUUUAACUGUAUAUUUUUCAAAUUAAUUGACACAUUUAAAUGCAGUUUGCAGGACAGUUUCCCAUAUAUUAUAUGUUUGUCUGUCCUUUUGAUUGUAAGCCGCAAUUGUAGAGACAAAAAUGACCUCCAACUAUGUUGAGGGCAUCUUUCUUUCUCUCUCUCUGACUUACAAGCACCUCAAUAAAACAUACACAUAAUCAGACACUCAAAAUCACCAGAACUAGCUUGUUUGGCUUUUAUUGAUAAGUUUGAUUGGAAGAUAUCACUUAUUAUAGUUGCAAUCACGCCAUGCUGGUGGGAGAAGGUUUUUCAGUGCACUUGAAGUUGCUUAUUUUCUUUUGUCUUGAUUUCUUGCAUGCUGCUGUUUUUUUUUCUUUCCCUUAAGCACUCUGCUUUUUCUCCCUCCCCACUGUAAAGACAGUUUUGCUCAUUGUGUUGAUGGAUAAUGGACAUGUAAGCUGGUGUGUUCUCAUGAAGUGAAUGUGUGUCAGGCAGGCAGUAAUACAGUACAUUACUGUAAGGAGCUGAUUUAGACUCUUUGAUGUCAUCUCUGAAAGGGGUGACUUUUAAUGACAUUUAAUGCAAAAUGUAACAUAUGUGAAUAAAAUAUACAGAUG